AUGUCUGAUGAUCAAGACGUAGUAUGUGAGGAUUCAUCGUCUAAUACGUCCUCACUUGGGAGUUUUGAGAAUGUGAGCGCUGCAGAGAUGUGUAAGUCGAGUUCACAAGUCAUGAUAGACAAUGACGAUGCUCCCGAUAAUAAAGCCAUCGACGUGGAUUCGGUUGGAAAUGUCGCCGUCGAAGAAAAGAGAUGUGAUCAAGACCAGUUCCAUACUUCUGCACGUGCUAGGCGCGCCAUUUCGAAUCUGGUCAAGUUCUCGGCAGCGAUGUUUGUGUUGCCUCUUUUAGUGAUGUUCACGACUUACCACUACAUUUUCAGAGAUCACUACCAUCUGCCUCCUGAUGAAGCAAUGUUAUACGCUGGCUACUGUGGAAUUGCUGUUGUGAUUAUCAUAGCAGUUGUCUUUAUAUAUGUGGCAUACCGUGAAGAACAAGAAGAUGAGAAGAUGAUGUUGUCUUCGAAGAAGUCAGAAUGA